AUGUCGCCCAAUCCGGAGCUGUCUGCUCCUGGGAGCAGUACAUACUCCUCGAAUACUCUACACGUUGGUGAUGGAACAUGGGACUCGGGUCGGGAUACAUUUCUUUUGCCCAAUUUGAUGGGUCUGAAUUUUGAAACAAUGCAGUACAAUGGCAUGGGAAAUCGGUUUCGAGAUAUGCCCAAUUACCGUACAAUGAUAUGUGCCCAUGGUGUUCUUGCGACGAUCGCCUUUCUCGGCCUCGUUCCCGCAUCCGUUCUAAUCAUACGAUACUAUUCGCGAUGGAAUCCAUACUGGGCCUUCAAAUUGCAUGUGUGGUGUCAGGUUUUGACUUUGUUUAUAAGCACCAUUGUGUUUGUGCUCGGCUGGUUUGCUGUCGGGCCUGAACGGAGCUUGUCGAAUCCUCACCAUGGCAUUGGAUUGGCAAUCUAUGUGCUUGUCAUUUUCCAGGUCAUGUGGGGCUAUCUGGUGCAUAGGAUUGAGCGGAACAAGAAGAGAUACCAUGUUCCCUUUAAGCUGGUUAUCCAUCGUUGGAUCGGCCGUAUUCUCGCUAUCCUGGGUAUCGUCCAGAUACCAUUGGGUCUCACUCUAUACGGCUCGCCAAAAGUUUUCUUCAUCCUGUUCGCAAUCGCAGUCUUCACGCUCUUCGUCGCAUUCUUCGUGCUGUCAUACCUAUAUGAUACAGAAGGUUAUCCAGUGGUCAGCGAAUACGAUAGUCGGGCUAGCUAUGUAUCCGGGCCUUCAGCUUCCGAAGGACACCACCACGGCGGCAACCUUGGUCGAAUGGCAGCCCUAGGAGCAGCAGGCGCUGGCUUGGCUCAGCUGUUCCGGCGACGCUCACAGAACAAAGGCAGAGAACACGAUUAUGAUGACUCCCAUACGUCGUACAUGGACGAGAAGUACUCUGACGAAGAAUCGCACCGUGACAGCGGUGGCUGGGGCAAGAAGCUACUCGAGCUAGGCGCAAUUGGAGGUGCCGGCUUCCUCGCCAAAAAGUUCUUUGACAAGAGGCGCAACCGUGAUGACGACACCGAGUCGGGGACUUAUAGUCGAGCGCAUACGCGAAGCGACAGCAUGACCGAGGAGACGAUGAGCAGAAUGGAAGACGGCAGACGGCCAGAGCAAACUCACCGAACGCCUCUCUAUCGACCACCAAGCAGGCCCCCGAGUCGACCACAAAGCCCUGGUUCCUCUUACUACAAUAGCACCUACCUAACCGAUCACGACCAGGACCGUCCAAACGCAGGCCGCAAUGCGUUAUUCGGAGCCGGUGCCCUAGGAGCACUCAAGAACCUCUUUGGCCGCAAGAGCAACGAGCAACGUCGUCUUGAAGAGAUCCGUCGACAAGAGAUGGAAGACGAGAGACUCGCGCGAGCAAACAGCAACCGACGCCGCUACACCGACCCACGACACAGAAGAGACGGCUUAUACGCCGCAACUGACGUGACGUCCGAUGUGACAAGACCACCACACGAGGAAUCAUUGCUCUCAGGACGCCCUCCCCGCCGCAACACCUACGACGGCCAACACUCCGACCUCCCACCCGCACCCCCCAGCCACCAUCACGACAUGCCCUCCGAAACAACCGGCUACGACUCUGAGCCCGGUGCCGCCCCAAUCCCCAUCCCAGGCCGCCAGCACCGCCGCAGCAACAGCCGCCAACACUCGGACCACACCCACGCCUCCUCCCCUCCAGUCUCCGUCGAACUGAAAAUCCCCAGCGACGGCCGCCACGUCACUCUGCGGCGCCUCACAGAGGAAGAAGCCGCAGCCAACCGCGAAGCCCGCCGCCGCGAACGCCGCACCUCCCGCCGCCGCAACCAAAGCGCAAGCUCCCUCUCCGGCAACGAAGGCGGCAGCAACAACACCUGGCGCCGCGUCGAGGAAAUCGAGCGCCAGCAGCAGGAGGAAAUGGAGCGUCAGCAGGCCGCUGCAAGAGCAGCAGCAGCUGAGAAUAUACACUCCGCUGCUCCGAGCACGAAUAUUCCGCCGUCUUCGUAUGCGCCACCGCAUCCUUCGCGGAUGAGCGGUGUUCCCCCUCCGCCGAUGCGUCAGUCUCAUCCUCCUUCGACGCUGCCAUAUGGGUCAGGGAGUUUUGCUUCGCCUGGUCCUGGGACGUUUACGGGGACGGAGGCUAGUGGGGAUUAUGCGAAUAACCGCCGGCGGAGACGGGCUGAAAGAGCUAGGGCACGGGAGAGACAAAGUAGUGUGGACUUUGCUUAA